AUGAUAGAAUCAGCUCACUUCAGUGUGAUCACUACUCUUGUGCAGUCUGGUGUAAGUCUGUCAAGCACAAGUCCUAACUUAGCUAAAAUCAGCAGUCAGAUUGAAAUAACAAGUUUGCCUGCACUAUCAACUAGCCCCAUUGUACUGCAGUCUUCUUCUCUUCCAAGGACUAGUCCAGUAUUGCCACAGACAAGUCCAGUAUUACCCAGGGCAAGUCCUGGACUGUCAAGGACAAGUCCGCCAGGCUCUAGAACAAGUCCUGCAGUUGCAAGAAUAAGUCCAUCAUUGUCAAGAAUAAGUCCAUCAUUAUCUAGAACCAGUCCAUCAUUACCUAGAACUAGUCCUUCAUUACCUAGAACUAGUCCUUCUUUACCAAGAACGAGCCCAGGAUUGGCAAGAACCAGUCCUGCUGCAAGUAGUGCAAAAGAGAGAUUACCAGCAGACCUAGGGGCUAACAAAUUUCGAGCACUGUUUGGCACUAAUUCGGAAGUAGAAGUUAUGCCCAUAACUCCAGGAGAAAAAGGUAACUCAUACGAACCACAGCAGUCAAGCUUUCUAAGGCUAUUAGAUGAGCCACAGCAGCAUCAGCAGGAAUCAUCACUUUUACUAAGUGCUGUUCGGGGUCAGAGGCGGGAAGUGGAGAUCACUGCAUCACGUGAUGGAACUGUGUUCCGUCAACCUCAUGAGGAUAGACGCCCACAUCAGACACAGCAACAUGAUGUUGAAAGGAAAAAAACUCAUUACUCAACAUCAGACCUUCCAGAAUUUCCACCAACAACACAUAAACCACCUCCUCCACUCAAACCUGUACCUUCAGUUUUAAGAAGACAUUCAGAAAGUCACGACCCUCGAGACCCAAUGCUUCAUCGGCUCAUGUAUCAAAAUAAUCAUUCUAGUCCUGCAACUUCCACGACAAGUUCUUUGUCGAUUGACCAUCAUACAGCAGCUUCUUUGUACUCUUUUACUCAGCCGAAGUCCAGCCCUACACAGCAUCCCCCACCAAUUCAGAGUGGCCGGAGAAGUAGUGAGGGUAGUUCUGAUAUGGCAAGAGAGCACCAACAUGCUAUAGCUAUGAAUAUGCAGCAACAUAUGUAUCGACAGCAGCAUUUACGACCAAGCCCACCUUUGAGUCUUGGGAAAGAUAAGGCAACCAUUUUUCCGAUACCUCCACCAGCACCUGCUGUGAGACCUUACAGAUCUCCUCCACCACCUUCUACAAGACCUCUGGAACAGUAUCAAUCAUCCAUGAUGGAUCCAGCGUCAACAGAGGACUUGUACCGAUCCAAUCUUCAGUUUUUUGAAAGAAUAAAGCAGAACAUUCACCAGACUUGUGAUGCAAAUCUAAGCCUCCAAGAAAGAGGAGGCUUUGUUGGAUCUGAGAGGGGAAUUGCUGCCCAUGACAGGAUGCAGUCCCCAGCCGGCUCUGUCGACAAGCCUCCUCAGCCACAGACUUUUGUCCCACGAGUCCUGGUCCGAAAUUCCAUUCCUGAAUCAAACCCUCGUUUGCCCCACAUCCCUCCCCCUUACCCAGGCCCAUCUUAUGUUGGCCAUAAUCCUCAUCUAACAGGGCCAUUGCAACCAAAUCAUCCUGGCCAGUAUCCAAACAAUAUGCAUCACAGUUCAGGCACAGCAAUUCACCAAAUGGCCCCUGCUGGACUUAUUCCUGGUAUGCAUCAGCCUUCAGUGAUUAUGACCAGCCCAGAUAAUGCAGUUCGGAGUAAGAAUGGUGGUGCUGGUACUGUUGAUAAAAAGCAGUGUUUGAAUAACUGCCCUCAACAAGCACGUUUUCUAUGUUCUGGCUGCAAGAAGGCUUGGUACUGCUCUGAAAAAUGCCAGCGUGAGCACUGGGCCAUGCACAGUCAGUCUUGUUCUCCUUGA